GAGACCUGGGGAGUGACGCCUGGGAGUGACACCUGGGGAGUGACACCUGGAGAGUGACACCUGGGGAGUGACGCCUGGGGAGUGACGCCUGGGGAGUGAGACCUGGGGAGUGACACCUGGGAGUGAGACCUGGGGAGUGACACCUGGGGAGUGACACCUGGGAGUGACGCCUGGGGAGUGACGCCUGGGGAGUGAGACCUGCGGGACGCGAGAACCUGGGAGCGGCGGUUGCGGUGAUCGCGGCCGCAGAGGAUAGACUCGCGACUUGGCGACAUCUCGCAGCCAGCCCGACCAUGCGCACCCACGCACUGGCUCCAGACCACGACGCGACCCAUGGAAAGGGCUUCUCGAUCUCAGGCGACCCAGACUCCAGAGUCUCCCAGAUGCACGCGCUCGUCAUGAGCUCCUCCUGGCUCGACCAAGUCGAGGGACAAACGAUGCGCGACAGCGCCAGCCACCAUCAUCACCAUCAGCAGCAGCAUCAGCAGCAUCACCAUCAGCAGCAGCAGCAGCAUCAUCAUCAACAGCAGCAGCAGCAACCAGAGAGCAAGUUUCCACAUGCGACUAACGGCAGCUGCCACUCAGAACAACAACAACCACCACCACCCAUCUUCGACUGCCCCAGCAUCCAAAUCACCUCGUUCCCACCGCACUGCGUCACGUCUGCCGCGCACAGCGGCGCCGAAGCUUCGGACCCGGCCGGUGACCCCAACGGGAACACCGCGGCUGCUGUGGUCGCUGGAGGUGGGGCUGCUGCUGCUGCUGCCGCAGCUGUCCCGAGGCUGUCGGAGCACCUGUACCUGCCCCUGGACCAAACCCCGUACCGCGAGAGCGGCCACAACAACCUGAGUCCCAGCAGCAGUCUCUCGUCGCGCAGCUGCUUCUCCGACGCCUCCUCAAUCGAGUCGUACCCUUACGCGUGCGACGACAACGAGGCCGACCUCAACGACGCCGCCACGAGACUCGUCCUUCAGCAGCAACAACAGCAACAACAACAACAACAGCAACAACAGCAGCAGCAGCAGCAGCUGGGCUCUCCGCACACAUCCUCGCCGCUGCCGUCGCCCCAGGGUUCCCCGGGAUUUCGAGUCGCGGCCACCGCGGCCGCCUCUGGCGCCGACGAGACGUGGACGCCCUUGGGAUGCGCGGCCGCCGCGGGGCUGGGGAGCGGUCACGCCGCGCUGGGCCGGCGGCGCUCGGCGGGCGCUCCCGCUCGGCUCAUGACGGGGGGCGAGGAUGGAUUUCUCUACCCGGGGAUGCUGGCGGCCGGAGGUGGUGCUGGUGGUGGUGGUGCUGGUGGUGGUGCUACGGGGCCCGUAUCCCUCCCGGCUUCACCUCGAGGCAAGCGCCGUUAUUCUAGCGCCGAGAUUUAUUACGGAGCACGUGGUGGUGGUGGAGGUGGUGGUGGAGGUGGUGGUGGAGGUGGUGGUGGUGGUGGUGGCUCUCCCGCGCUCUCCCCGGCGCUCUCCCCGGCGCUCUCGCCGCGCUCCUCGCCGCGUUCCAGCAUCGUGGAGGACGGCGCGCGCUCACCGGCGACGCCGGCGCUCGCCAUAUGUCCCGACGGAGACGCCACGGCCGAGGACCUUCCCGUGAAGGCGCGCAGAAGGGCAUCGCCGCGGCGGGACGAGGAGGACGGCGCGGCGUGCGCGCUUCAUCAGCAUCAUCAUCAGCAGCAGCAGAAUCAUCAGCAGCAGCAUCAGCAUCAGCAGCUCAAGAGAGAACCUAGCGGUGAUCCCUUCCUCUGCGUGCCUCCCUCCUUCCCGUGGGGGAAGGGAAAGGGCAGCGGGGGAGGUGGGGGCAGUGGGUGCGGGGCCCUGGGGGGAGGAGGAGUGGGAGGAGCGCACGCGCCCCUCUUUAGGGUAACUUCACUUCCCCCCCUCGACUGGCAACUGCCCAGCACGGGAGGUCCCUACGAGCUGCGGGUCGAGUUGGAGCCCAGGCCCCACCACCGCGCUCACUACGAGACAGAGGGGAGCCGGGGGGCCGUGAAGGCUGCUUCGGGGGGACACCCCCUCGUGAAGCUGCACGGCUACAACGAGAAGCCGCUGACUCUGCACAUGUUCAUCGGCACGGCGGACGAGCGGCUGCUGCGGCCGCACGCCUUCUACCAGGUGCACCGCAUCACGGGCAAGGCGGUGGGCACGAGCAGCCACGAGCUGCUCAUGCACGGCACCAAGGUGCUCGAGAUUCCGCUGCUGCCCGACAACGGAAUGAUGGCCAGCAUCGACUGCGCGGGGAUCCUGAAGUUGCGCAACUCGGAUAUCGAGUUACGCAAGGGGGAGACGGACAUCGGACGGAAGAACACGCGCGUGCGUCUCGUGUUCCGCAUCCACGUCCCGCAGCCCGGAGGCAAAGUGCUGUCCCUACAGGCCGCCUCCAUCCCCAUCGAGUGCUCCCAGCGCUCGGCGCAGGAGUUGCCGCUGAUCGAGAGCCAGAGCGCGGAGAGUGGCUCCGUGACGGGAGGCGACGAGCUCCACCUCACGGGGCAGAACUUCAUCCCCGAGUCGAGGGUCGUCUUCGUGGAGAAGGGGCUCGGUGAGUCCAGUUCGGUCACCAUCGUCUCUGUAACCACCAUCAUCGUCGUCUUGAUCUCAUCACCGUCAUCUUUAGCUCAUCAUCAUUUUUAUAUCAUCAUCAUCAUC